AUGUUAAAGGAAGAGGGAAACACGAGACUAAUGGGGCCAGACUCUCUCUCUCUCCCCUUCUCUCUCUCUCUCUCUCUCUCUCUCUCUCUCUCUGUGGUCUGUGAGCUUCUGUUUGUUGACAGCGGAGUCCCUCGGCCGGACUGAAGAGGAGAAACAGGAUGACAGCUCUCUGGAUUGUGUCUGUGUCUGCGCUGAUGUGUCAGAUGUCCAUCACUGCGUCUCUGCACUGGAGGAAAGUUCUGUUCCCAUCAGCCUCCAGAGUGAAGCGAGGGACGCCAGCGCUGCUCAACCCCACGUUUCAGAAAUCAGCGGAGGACGCCAGGCUUCUGUACGAGGUGUUGUGGUCCGGAGGGUACAUGGACGCGGUGAACGGGACGCUCCACAUCUCCGAUCAGGAGCUGGCGUCCAUGAGAAAGCUGGAGGUUCUGGAGGUCCUGUGUGAGGACGUGCUUCCCAGAAGCCUCUCUGAGAUCCAGCGGCUCAGUGCUCAGCUGGAGCUUCGGCGUGGCUCGCUCCGGAUGGAUGACUUCGAGCGCACCGUCCUCACCAUGGUGUACACCGCCCAACAGCUGCCACACACCAGCCCCGGCCACCAGAGGGAGCUGUGGGCCAACACACUCCUACGACUCUAUACCGCCAUCAGAGGAGACCUGCGGCCUGCAGAGAAUUAACGUCCUCUGAGACACAUUUACACAAACAGAUUGGGAAGAAGAAAGACAAACACUGUAGUUAUAAUAUUGAAGAUCCACGGAUGAAAGUUUAGUACGGAUGAAGUUACACCAUAUUUUAGAUUUGACACAUUUAAUAGGUGUGCAGUAUUAUUUAAAUUAUAUGAAUUAUGUGUUAUGUUAUCCUAAAGAAAUGGUGGUUUACUUCGGAGCAUUAAAAGUGGAACUCAUUAUUCUCACAUAGUAGGCCUUUAUUUGUCACAAAUACAUUUCUUAUCUAUAUUUUUUAAUUCGUUUAAUAAAACAGCAUGCAUUUUUGUCACUUACUACUUUGUUAUUCAUCAUCUGUCCUUAGAUAUUUGUCUUUACACUGAUUAAGAAAUUGUUGCAUGUUUUAUAAAUUAUUUCCUUUAUUUUAAUAAAAUGUGAGGCACUGUAUAAUUUCAUUCCUAUUAUUUAGGCCUAAAUAAA